AAUCUCCCACAAGGGAUUAUAGCAAAAUCUGGAGCACCACCAAGAGUGACCAGGCCAACUUUCUGACAAGAGUCUACUCAUUUGAACUCAGAUUUUUUUAAGGGACAUUCUCUUUUAGCAAGUAUUGAUUAAAAAGAUACGCCACUCAUGUUCAUAUCAACCCCUCAAAGUCCUAACAAGUAAAAUAUUCUAAUUAAAAUGGAAUACUUUUCUGUAGUCAACCUCAAUACCAUGAAUGACACUCUUAGGUAAGCAAGACCCCCAACAGACCUUACUGAAGUCCGUCCUUUUGAGUAAAAACCGUCACACGUCUUUAAAAAUGUCAUUUUUCUUUUCACUUUUUUCUUUAGAAAAAAUCAUGUCUGAUAUGGAUGAAACUAUGACUUAUGCUCACUUGGAAGAAGACGACGAAGUCUUGGCUGAAUAUCCCAUCUAUUUAACCAACGAACUCAGUAAAUAUCUGUACAUGUUUCAAUUUCCUAUGCGAUCCAUACCUUUCAACGGCAGAAACGGACCUAACGCUGCACGCAUCAAACCUAAAGCAAAAAUGGUUGAACUCGACUUACCUCUCGACACACGCUCUACCAACUAUAGUACCGAGAGAGGUGAAGAUUUUGCUAUGGGUUUAAACGAUAAAGCCAUCAAGACAGCUUAUGACAGACGUAUGGAAGAACACGAAGAAGAAUUGAGUAUGGGACAUAAUUACAAUCGAGGACAAAAGAAAAAGGAAGAAGAAUUACUAGAUAAAAUGACAUUGACUUCAACUGAAGUGCCAACUCAAACUAAAUAUGUGAUUGGUGUUAUUCGAAAUGAGGAACUACACGUCACACCCAUCAGCACAACAGUACAAUUACGUCCUGGAUUCAAAUACAUUGACAAGAUUGAUGAAAAAUGGAAGGCAGCUAAUAAGCGUAUUCAAGAUGUUGAAAAGCAAGAAGAAAAAAAGAGAAAUACAGACCCAGAAAAAGCACAAACCCUUCAAGUCUCUGUGAAGAAUGCUGAGCCUCAAGGCAUCAGAAGAAACCUGUAUUCUAUGGCUGUUCGUAAUGCCGAAGAAGAAGAUUGGCAACCUAUUGUGUAUUAUGAUGAAAAUUCUUUACAAGCAGAAAAAGUCAGUGAGAAACUUUACAGUACAUCUAAAGAAGAACUUGAGUGUACAACAGCAAAAACGGAAUACCUUGAUCUUUUGAGUAGUCAUAAGACAUCUGCAUAAUAAUAAUAAUAAAAGAGAAAUGGCGUCAAAAAAAAAAAGUUGCCCACCUG